AGGAAAGACCGUUUUACAGGAUUCCCAGACGAGAUAUCUCCACUGAAUAAAUUGUGUAAUUUAAAUUAAAACAAUAUAAUUAAAUAAUUACUAAUAUUGACGUUAUCGCACUACAAACAACCGAAAAUGAUGUCUUGUUUGCUGAAGUUAAUCCCGUGUUAUUAAAGUCGGUUCCCAGCAUCUGGCAACGCAGUGUGGGUGACGCGUGUUUGAUGUGAUACAGUUGUGGUAAACGCAGAGUCGAGACGUCGUCCACUCUGUCGCAUUUUAAAGCGGUGAAUGGAACAGCUUAAGCGAAUGGCACGUCUGUGCAUCGGCGCUCAGCUACAAAGAGUUCCCGUGUAACCCAAUACUCGUCUAUUGUGACGGAUCGACCGCACCAGGCCUGAUGGAGCCAGGUACUCGACGAGAACUGCGCACAGCAGAUCCCAACCUCCACUUGCUUCGUCACGGCCAGUCCUGAGUAUUGGGUGUUCAGCUCAACCUGCAAUUCACCCAAUAUCACCCUAUCCCCCUUUUGUACUCCCUUUAACAUUCUUAGCCCACCCCUGUCUCUGUCGGCCCUCCCACUCACCCCUAAGAUGAUCGGCAAGCUGAAGCAGAACUUACUAGUGGCCUGCCUGGUCAUCAGCUCCGUCACAGUGUUCUACCUGGGAAGGCAUGCAAUGGAGUGCCACCACCGGAUAGAGGAGCGCAGCCAGCCGCUGUUUAGCAGCCUGCGCACCACCAUACGCACGGGCCAGAACCUCAGCAAUCCAUUCAUCUACAAUAAAGACAUGCCUCUUAUAUUUAUUGGUGGCGUUCCUCGCAGUGGUACCACUCUAAUGCGGGCCAUGCUGGAUGCUCACCCUGAUGUACGCUGUGGGGAAGAGACCCGGGUCAUCCCUCGCAUUCUGGCUAUGAAGCAGAUGUGGAGUCGCUCUGGGAGGGAGAAGAUGCGUCUUGACGAAGCCGGAGUAACGGAUGAGGUCUUGGACUCAGCCAUGCAGGCUUUCCUGCUGGAGAUCAUAGUAAAGCACGGGGAGCCGGCCACCUACCUGUGUAAUAAAGACCCUUUUGCCCUUAAAUCCCUCACAUACCUGGCUAAGAUCUUCCCCCACGCCAAGUUCAUUCUUAUGAUCCGUGACGGCAGGGCCUCCGUCCACUCAAUGAUCUCGCGCAAAGUCACCAUUGCCGGGUUUGACUUGAGCAGCUACCGGGACUGCCUAACAAAGUGGAACCGGGCUAUAGAGACAAUGUAUACACAGUGCAUAGAGGCAGCGGACAAGUGCCUACCUGUGCACUAUGAACAGCUCGUCCUGCAUCCAGAAAAGUGGAUGAAGACACUUCUGAAAUUCCUGAACGUUCCUUGGAAUAAUGCAGUUCUGCAUCAUGAGGAGCUUAUUGGGAAAGCAGGAGGCGUUUCACUGUCCAAGUAA